AUGGUGGCAUACUUUCCUUCGAAGCUAAGACUCGCAAUUCUAACCUUUUUCAAUGCCAUUAACGUUACAAGAAUCGACAACGCUACCAUUAUUUCGAGAAUUGAGGGAGAAUUUAUAAAAGUAUUGGCACAAGCAUUAAAUUUUGAAUAUGAGCUUUUUGUUCCCCCAGAUGCUUUCGGGGAAAUGGAUGCAUUCGGAAACUACACUGGAAUGAUGGGAAUGCUGCAAAGGAAUGAAGUUGAUAUGGGAUUCACCUAUUUGGAUAUUACCUAUGAGCGUUCAAAAGUUGUAGACUCCAGUGCGCCUUACUACUACAUUGAAAAAAGGUUUAUGAUGAAUUAUGCUCCGUUCUUGUCAAAAACAUCAGCAUUCAUGUAUCCUUUCAGCGUACUCACAUGGAUUUUGUUCCUUAUCGUACUGCUCUCUGUGUCAGUGCUAUUUCGAACUUUGAUUUCGCCAAAAGAUUCCAUUAUUUCAGUUUUUUUCAAUUUGUGGGGAUCUUCUUUUGGACAAGGAAUGAACUACAACCCUCGCUCACUGUCCAGGCGGAUACCGCUUGGAAUUUGGCUCCUUUAUUCAUACGUGCUAAUUUUAUGUUACAGCUCAGUCCUGUUAUCAUUUUUGACAUCUCCCAUCAAAAUGAAACAAAUAAAAGACUUCAAGGAUCUCUAUCUCCCAGUCAGAGAGGGGGAAAUGGAGUGCCUAUCAGCCGCACAAUCUAAGGAAUUAGAUAAUUUGUUGAAAAGCCAAGUACCUCAUUUAAGAGGAUUAGGGGAAUACAUUAAAAAGAAUAACUGGUUUUACUAUUCCCCUAGCAAAGUCAAAGUUCCGGAACAUGUAGCAAUAAUUGCUUCAGAUGAUCUAUUUCGUGCAAAUGUUGGUACACCAGAACAGUACUUUUUUUCGAAGGACACUUUAGGAUAUUUUCAUUACGGGAUAGCAAUCAGGAAAACAUUUUGCUGCAAAGAGCGCUUGAAUAGAAUCGUCCUCCGAAUUGCAAGUAGUGGCUUAUAUGACAAAUUCAAAGAAGAUUACUUCUUUAAAAGAGAUUUAAUAAGAUAUUUAAAUAAGAGCCAUUCUGAGAGUGCAUUAGCAUCACCUAUAAGCUUAUCAAAUUUAAAGGGUGUGUUUAUUAUGCUUGGUAUAGGAUCGGCAGCAGGCAUUAUUGCUUUAAUGAUCGAAAUCACCUACUAUCGAUGGUUACGCCCAAAACUUCGCCAAAUCUGA